AGCUAGCCAGUCAAGUCCCGUGUUUAGUCCUCCUUCGUCUUAUACCUACUAAGGUGGUAAGGAGAGAAAUGUUAAGGGUAUUUAAGCCGUACCUUCCCACCCUACAAUCGAGGUCUUUAAGCUUUUUCUCCUCUUAAAGGUCCCGUCUUAUCCUACCCACAUUUCAUUAUAUAAAUCAAAAGGAAUCCCUUCCCCUUCCCCUUCCCCUCCCCCCUUAGGUUGAACUAUCUCCUCCUACUUCAGCAUUUCUGAAUCUUCAAAGUCUUCGUGAAUUCUCUUGCAAUUCCAUUACUGUUUCCACGUACUACUACGUUUAUCUAUUCUCAACUCUACAAGAAACUUUUUGCUGUACCUAAACGAACCGAUGACGGAAUCUCCAGUUCCAGCUCUUCCUCUCCCCCAUGGGGUCUACGUUCCCACCGUGGCUUUCUUUAACCAAGAUGACGACAUAGAUAUAGAAGCAACCCAACGCCACGCUAUUCAUCUAGCUGAUGCCGGUGUUGCAGGCCUUGUCGUACAUGGCUCCAAUGGAGAAGCAGUCCAUUUGAGUAGGAAGGAGCGCAGCCUUGUUAUUAAGACUACAAGGGCGGCUCUAGACGAGGCAGACUACCAUUUAAUGCCAAUUAUCGCUGGAUGUGGCUCUCAGUCCACUCGCGAGACGAUUCAGCUAUGCCAGGAUGCAGCAAACGCCGGCGCUAACUACGUCAUCAUACUCCCGCCGGCCUACUACGGUGGACUCCUCAACACGCACAAGAUCGUCCAGCAUUUUCACGAUGUUGCCGACGGCAGUCCAAUUCCAGUCAUAAUCUACAACUACCCUGGAGCUUGUUCUGGUCUAGACCUUUCCUCCGAUGCCAUCCUCCAGAUCGCUAGGCACCCCAACGUCUACGGUGUCAAACUUACCUGUGGGAACACAGGGAAAUUGGCUCGGAUCGUAGACGGGGCCAAGUCUGGCUUUUUUGUUGCCGGAGGUAGCGCAGACUUCAUUCUGCAAGGGCUUGUCGUGGGCGGACAUGGUACCAUUGCUGGGACUGCCAAUUUGCUUCCCCGAGCCUGUGUUCGUAUCUGCGAGCUCUUCCAUGCGGGUGAGUUGAAGGAAGCCAGAAGGCUGCAAGCGAUCGUUGCCAAGGCAGACUGGAUUGCCAUCCAGACCGGGUUUGCAGGAGUGAAGGCUGCCUUGCAGCACUUUCAGGGAUACGGCGGGGAACCGCGAAAGCCAUGUGGGCUACCAAGCGGCGAGCAGAUGGAAAUGAUUACAAAUGGAUUUCAGGAGGCAAUUAUUCUGGAACAGAGCUUGGCCUAGGGGAUACUCUGGGGGGUGGAUUUAGGUUAUACUAAACAUCAUGGGGCUCAAUUGGGUUCUCACUCCGGGGGUGGGCCACACGCUUGGCGUUAUGAGAUUGAACGGCGUUACAUGGACGGAAUAGCGCAAAAUUGAUGGCAUCCAAAAGACCUACUACCAGUUACCCUGAAUCUUGGUAUGAAAUAACAUUAUGAAAAGCAUUUAAAAUGGAUGCCCGAGUACGAGUCACCCUCAGUUAACGUCGAGAGACUAAAAUCUAGAGCUUCCAUAAGCUAGGUACCUGUGAAUAUGAUCCGUGAGAGUUCUCAUAGCCACAU